GAAUUUCUAUGGAGUCGUCGAGUAGAGUUGUCGAUUUAGAUAGUGAUGACGUGCCUGUUGGGGUGCCUUGUAGUCGUGGGUCUCCGAGCAUGGCUGACUGCUCUGGGGAACCUGACUACAUGGCUGGUAACGGGGUGGAUAGCGAUGAUAUGAUUGCUGGGGGUCGCCCUAACAACAUCAUACUUAAGAAGAAUGAAUCAUCAUUGGUGACGUUGACUAACUUGCGAGAGAUCCGGGCAUCAUACGACAUACCGGAUUGGGUGAGCUUGCAUUCUCCUUCAGGCCCUGAGCGAGCUGAUUGGGUUUUGCCCGGGUGGACUUGCAUGUAUGUUCAGAUGUUUAAAGAUGGAUGUCGUCUUCCACUUCCUAGAUUGAUUGUCGAGAUGUGCGACUACCAUAAGAUUCCUCCUAGUCAGUUGAUGCCGACUGUAUGGCGUGUUUUGAUGGCUUUGCAGGUGUUUGGGGAAAUUAACAACAUUGAUAUUACAUUGGCUGAGGUGUUAGAAACUUAUCAUCUGGCAUCUAAUCCAGGUGAUAUCGGUCGGUAUAUGUUGAAGGUUAGGGGUAACAGGUCACCCUUGAUCUUGGGUGCUGACACCUUGCAUGCAAGGUGGAAAAAGAAGUAUUUCUUUGUAUCUUGUGAAGCUUUGGGUUUGGUUGAUGGGUCUGAGAUACCUUAUGCUUGGAGUUCUGCUAGUGAGUGUUGAAGUGAACUAUAUUUGUAUGUUUGUCUACCAUCAUUGCCCUAAUAAGUAUUUCUUUCAUUGUUUUGCAGAUCUGAAAAAAUUUCCUUAUCCUACUAUCCGGUUGGGUGUCAAAGAGAGACGUAAGCAAAUCUUGAGCUAUCCCGAGGAGGCUCGUGACUGGCGGGUUAUCUUGUCUGACGAUAAUUUGAGGCAAAGUUCGCUGUGGAGGGGCAGUUCCUUUACUUCAGAAGGUACGGUCUCCUUGUCGACUCGCCCUCUGCCUCGUAUGGUCUUUUUGUCUACGUCUUUGGAAACUUUAUACGGACGACAAGGCUCUCAGAUCAUACCUGAACUGACGGUAAAGGAACGAGCUUUUGCAGCACGUGUCAUGUCGAAGUCUUAUCAGUUUGAGAUGAAGGGGCCCGAUGCUGCGUUGGAGAAGAUGCGUGCGGGAAGGAAGAAAAAGAAGGUGACCGAGGUCUCUAGUGAUCUCGAGGUCAGCGAGACAGUCAUUCCGGUCCGCUCUCCGCCUGUUAUUCCGGUCUCUACUUCGCCGGUUCGAAAGGGCAAGGAAAGAAGGCGCGACGACGUUGAUGAUGCUGAUUGGGCUGGUGACUCUAUUCGUCUUACCUUUCCAUUCGAUGCUUCUGCAUAUGCGGAUAUCCGCCCGUUCCGCAAGGAGUUGGGCAAGUUACUUUGGCCGGAGGACCGCAAUGCCUUGGUUGGAUUGAAGUCUGGUGCCCCUGAUGCCACUGUCGACCAUAUCUUUCUGGGUUUGCAGGGCGUGCUUCAUUUGUCGGAGAGGAUCCGAGAGCUGGAGAAGAGUGUGAAGAAACUUCGAACUGAGCGGGUUGAUUUGGACGACAUAUUGAAGGGUCGUGAUGAGGAGAUUGCACGUUUGAAGGUAGAGCUGCAAACUCAGCUUGAUGUUGGGCGCCUAGCAGGUGAUCGGGCGAAGACUUUGGAGGAGCAGCUUGAGGCCGUUAACUCUACGGUUUCAUUUUUGACGGAGAAGCUUAAGCUUGUCGGUACUGAGGGGGAGGUCCAGGCUAGGGCCCAAAUGGCUCAAGAUUACUUGGACGGUCGGGCUGAGACUUGGAACACGGCCAAGAUGUUUGAGGCUUAUGCCGAGCUGAUGGAGAGGAGAGCUGAGGAGGCUGCCGAGGUUGCGGAUCUUGCUGCUUCGCUUGGAGGUUUGGGUACUGGUGGCCCCUCUGCUGAUUGAUGACUGUGCUUCAUUAUCUGCAAACUUGACUUGGUUUUGUAAUAGACUUAUAAUAUCUUAACUUUUAGAGCUUUCGGGCCUGUGUGCCUAUGAGUCUACUCUAUGUGGACGAUUUUCCUUAGUAUUCUCUCCUCUAGUAUGAGCUUGUGCUAGUUUGAUAGCCAAGCUUAUAGUUAGUCUACUCUACUAUGUAACUCGAAGUUUUCCGGCUUGGCCGGCCCCCUGGGAUUUUACCCUUAAUAUUUAAUCGAGUUGUGAUCCAUUUGGUUGUGCAAA